UCAUUUUUCAAUUUUUGCCCUCAGCUUCAUUUUCUACUUCUGUAACUUUCUUUCCAACCAUCUCUACGUUUCCCUUUUUUUCCAUUGAUUGCAGAGAAGACCUAGAUAUUUCAGGGUUGCCUUUGGCUCGUUAGCUUGCUCAACCUUGUUUGGUGUUUCAUUCAGGCCUGGGAAUGCACUCUUGGAAAGGAAAUGGCAUGGAAUAUCUUAUCAUUGUUCACAACUUCUGGGAUGCUAUUCCUGGAAGUUAGCUUGUUGGCAUUUCUACUGCAAGGAAAUCAUGCUAGUGGGUUGCAAGCUUUGACACGGACAUUUGUUAUUUCAGGGCUUAUUGUUGGUUUGGACUUACUUCUCAAGGCUAUUUACCUAUUUGGAUUCGGUGUGCCCUUGUUCAUUGACAACUCCGAACAUCCACGUCAGAUAAAAUGGGGUCUGUGGGUUGUUCACAGGCUAGUGCUGACUGCUAUUUAUGGCUCCAUACUGUUUAUGUACCAUUCCAAGUGGAGAGAAAGCAAGACCUGCAUUCUACAAAUUUGUUGCCUUCAUGUUCAUCUUGAAUGCACUAGAACUGUUUGCUUGUGCACUAACUGGAAAUGGAGCUAGCUUUGGGUUUUGGUUGUACAGCGCCACAAUCGUUUGCUACCAUGCCUUUUGCCUUCCUCUUCUGUAUAUUACUUUUCUAGCAGAUUUUUUUGAGGAGGAAGACAUGCGUUUAGAGAAUGUGUACUACUCAGAGAUGAAAGAUGCUGGUUUCUUUGAUGCUGACUGGGAGUAAGCAUCGAAUGAACUUUGAAUUAGUAGCUUCUCUAUACAUAAAGCUCUGUAAAUAUAAAGUGCAGUUCAGAUUGUAAAAUCUUUGCUCAAACGGAUGAUGGAUCUAUGUCUCAAUAUACCGAUAUUGCUGUCGGAACAAAUCCAAUAAUGUAGAAUGUGCUUUACCUAGAGCUUCUUGCUAAAGAUCAGUUAGUCCUUGAUUUUUUUUUUCAGUAUGAACUAUGUGUUAUCAAGUAGAUUUGGAGUUUGAAUAUCUACAUCUAAAUUAUUUUCAUUUCUAAGCAGAGAUCUUUUCUGUUCAA